GGUUUUCAUCUUCUGUUACGUAUCCCAACCAUUUCUCCCGCACCCACCACGCUAUUUCCCAUUGUACCUUACUCGUGUUCUUGAUCAAAUCAAAGGUACAACUAUUGAAAUCACACUUUCAAAAAGGCACUGAAAUAGAGGUUUCUGCAGGUAAUAAAAACCCAAUCUCCAGCAAAGCAUGCCAUGAUAUAUCUGCAUCUGUCUCUCUUUUAGAGCACUUAAAAAAGAAUCCCAGUGUGCAGAGGACACAUUGGCUUUGGCAUCACAGCUUUAUAUAAAUCUCUGCAUCUCCCCUAGAAAUAGAAGAAGAAUUUGGGUUUGUGUGAAUAGUAGGAAGAGCAAUGGAGCUGUUCUACUUCGUGGUGUUCGGGGCAUUGGGAGCGGUGGUGGCAGCUUUAGAGCUAAGCAAGACCAGCAAGGAUAGAAUCACCACGUCCCCUGCUUUCAAUUCCUUCAAGAACAAUUACCUUUUGGUUUACUCUCUCAUGAUGGCUGGAGACUGGCUGCAGGGACCAUAUGUUUACUAUCUGUAUAGUACAUAUGGCUUUGGAAAAGGGGAGAUUGGACAGCUUUUUAUUGCUGGUUUUGGAUCCUCCAUGUUGUUUGGGACAAUUGUUGGAUCUCUUGCUGACAAACAGGGCCGGAGGAGGGCAUGUGUUACUUACUGCAUAACUUACAUUCUUAGCUGCAUCACAAAGCAUUCUCCUCAAUACAAAGUUUUGAUGAUAGGUCGUGUUUUGGGAGGUAUUGCCACCUCUCUUCUGUUUUCAGCAUUUGAGUCAUGGCUUGUUGCUGAACAUAAUAAGAGGGGCUUUGAGCAACAGUGGUUGUCACUAACAUUUUCAAAGGCAAUAUUUCUUGGAAAUGGUCUCGUUGCCAUUUUGUCUGGGUUGUUUGGGAACCUACUUGUUGAUUCAUUAUCCCUUGGACCUGUGGCUCCUUUUGAUGCUGCUGCAUGCUUUCUUGCCAUUGGGAUGGCCAUUAUUUUAUCAUCAUGGACUGAAAAUUUUGGAGACCCCUCAGAAAAUAAGGACUUGCUUACCCAGUUCAGGGGUGCUGCUGUAGCAAUAGCUUCUGAUGAAAAAAUUGCUUUGCUGGGUGCCAUCCAGUCUCUGUUUGAAGGUUCAAUGUACACCUUUGUGUUCCUUUGGACUCCUGCUUUGAGCCCCAAUGACGAGGAGAUCCCUCAUGGUUUUAUUUUUGCCACAUUCAUGUUGGCAUCAAUGUUGGGAAGCUCCCUUGCAUCUCGAUUGAUGGCUCGCUCAUCACCUAGGGUAGAAAGCUACAUGCAGAUUGUUUUUGUGAUUUCCUCUGCCUCUCUCCUGCUUCCCAUUAUAACCAAUUUCUUGGUAGCACCUUCUAAAGUGAAAGGUGGAAGCAUCUCAUUCGCAGGUUGUCUUCAGCUUCUUGGAUUCUGUACUUUUGAGGCUUGUGUAGGGAUAUUUUGGCCAUCCAUUAUGAAAAUGAGAUCCCAAUACAUCCCCGAGGAGGCUAGGAGCACUAUUAUGAACUUUUUCCGCGUUCCUCUCAAUAUCUUUGUCUGCAUCGUGCUGUACAAUGUUGAUGCAUUUCCCAUCACUGUUAUGUUUGGUAUGUGCUCAAUUUUCCUCUUCGUGGCAUCUUUCUUGCAAAGACGGCUGAUGGCAAUUUCAGACAAGCCAAAGAUGGAAAAUUGGACAGCAAUUAAGGAAAGGGAACCUGAGGCGGAGCCACUAAAUGAUUGAGUGAUGUUGGACGGCAGCAGGGACUCUUGGCAUGUUGAAAACAACAACGUAAUUCAUUUCUUCUGCUGUUGCAGUUCCUACUCGAUGGAGGGUUGUAUUUUGAUUUUAUAGUAGAGAUUCCAAUGUAUAAGAAAAUAGUGGUCUGCCCAGUAAAGAAGAUGUGGGUUAUACAGGUCACUUGAUUUUCAUGAUUGUUUUGGGCUGUCAGUAGACCAGCACCGUUGUUUGUCUUUUUUUUUUUUUUUUUCCUUUUAAGUAGGAAUGCAAAUAUCCAUCUGUUUAAGUCUGAUAUUAUUCUUUUCUAAACUGGUCUAUAAUUUGUUUUAUAGUUUGCUCAAAUAAGUUUUUUGUUCAAUGAAAUUGCAACAACUAAUUGAUGAAGCAUCAUUUGGGAUCUGUCACCCUUAACAAUGUCUCUGCAGUGAGAGAUUGUUCCUUUUUUUUUUCUUUUUUUUUUUUUGUUUAUCUCCAAUAAAUGAUACGUCGAGACUUAGAAUUUAAUUGUUAUGUCUGACUAGGUGAAAAUGGUUACCUUUUAUUUAUGUCUUUAAUUUCUGUUUUGGACAGAAGCAUCUGCUUAAUAGUUAAAACUAAAAAAAAAAAAAAUUGGG